UCCGCCGGCACAGUAAAUUCUCGCUCUCCCCCCACCAUCCUUCUGUCUCAACCUUCCUCUUUGGGAUUCUCCUGUGGGUCUCCCCCGGUCUGCGCGACCACCGAUUUCGGCCUCUCUCCAGCGAUGGGGAGAAGCGCUUCUCCUCCCGCCGGCGCUCAUUUCUUCUUGGUGUCCGUCUUCGUCUUUGCCGUGCUCUGGUCUCCUGUCCUUGCCGGCGGCGCGGAGGCGAGCAAUGCGACGGAUGCCUCGACGUCGGGAUCGGGGAAGGAAGGCAGCUUCGCGGACAUCAUCGAUUGGGCUCUCCAGAAGGAAUUCUCGGAGAGCGAGCAGAGCGUUGGAGUUAUGUGGGGGCAAAAUUUCUGAGGGGGUCUUUGUUGGCGCACUCUUGUCUAUGUCUUCAACAGCUCUGGUUUUGAAGUUCUUAAUGGAGAGAAAUGGUAUUAAUGCCCUUCAUGGUCAAGUCAUAGUUGGCACCCUUAUAUUCCAGGAUUGUGCUGUUGGCCUGCUUUUUGCACUACUUCCAGUUUUGGGUGGCACUUCCAGUAUUUUUCACGGAGCGAUUUCAAUGACCAAGUCGUUGAUUGUGCUAUGUACAUUCCUGGCUAUUCUAUCCAUGCUAUCCUGUGCUUGUGUGCCUUGGUUUCUGAAGCUGAUGAUGAAUCUUUCCUUCCAGACCAAUGAGCUCUAUCAGUUGGCAUCUGUUGCUUUCUGUUUACUCGUAGCAUGGUGUAGUGACAAGUUGGGCCCGAGCCAUGAAUUGGGUUCUUUUGCUGCUGGUGUGAUGAUAUCAACAACUGAUCUUUCACAGCAUACCCUUGAACAGGUUGAACCCAAUAUUAGCUUCUUUGCUGCUCUUUUUCUUGCUAGCAUUGGAAUGCUUAUUCAUGUCCAUUUCCUUUGGAACCAUGUGGAUAUUUUCCUGGCAGCUGUAAUUUUGGUGAUUAUUAUAAAGACAAUAGUGGUUACAGUAGUUGUGAAGGGAUUUGGCUACAGUAACAAGACAUUAGUUUUUGUUGCCAUGUCUCUGGCACAGAUAGGUGAAUUUGCUUUUGUUCUUUUAAGUUACGCGUUAAUUCUUCAUCUAGUUGAGGUCAGGUUAUUGUUGUUAUUUUUACUUCUUCCAUAGUAAAGCUAAUGCAUCUGGGAUAGGUGCCUGUGUUACUGUAGAAGAGACUGGAAUAGAUACCCAUGUUACUGUAGAAAAGACUACACUGUGAUUGAUCAAUGCAGGCACUUAUCAUAGGGGCUAUUAAUCGGUGUUCCCUGGAUGGUGGAGGUAUAGACAAGCUGGACAUGAGUGAGGUAACUAAUGCUGGAGCUCAGCUUGAAAUUAUGCAUGGUCAACACAGUCUUGGCUUGAGCUCGUCACUAGCUAGAGAGGCCAAUCUCAACCUUAGGUCUUCUGUCAUCGGACUUGAGCUCUGCUUGUUCCAGCUCUUUAAAGGUUGAGAAAGGGGGAUAUGCAGCGGAGGCCAGAGGCAAGCUUUGGGAUAGCACAAGUCCUGAGGAAAGAAUUAAGAGAAUUGCUAUAGAAAAGCCCAAGAUUAAUGACAAUGUGUCUAGAAAAUCGAAGAAGAAGACCAAGGAAUAGAGUUAGAGAUCCGAUGAUCGAUGGCUUAAUCAUAUUGGAGGGUGAGCCCUAUAACGGAUGCAUCACUAGGGAAGUGACUGGAGUCGCAUCAUAAUCAUGAGGCCCCAUAGCUGCUGUGAAGGACAGGAUAAGGACAUGGUGGCGAGAGAACAGAAAAGGACAGAGAGGGAAUUAUCAGUGGAACAAGGAACCUAUAUUGAUGCAAACCCUAGCCGUUUUGUUUUUUAAACCAUAUGUUUUGGUCUAGCAGCUAUGACGCUUCAUGAUAAGCAUUCUGGCCAUUAGAUUAGCAUCUGUUGGCCGGCUUACAUGCUACCAUAAACGAAAUCUAUUGAUAUUUUUAGCAAAUAAAUAUACGAAUUAAUUUUUUAAUAAUAA